AAUAGGUAUUAAAUAGAUAUUAUGGUCAAAAGAUACAUUUGUCAUGUGUUGAGACUACAGUAGCCUUUCUUCUAUCAUAGGUAACAACCCCCCUCCCCCCAAAUGAUCAUAUAUGAUCCCCUGCUCGUGGAUAUUAAGAUAAUUUUAAGUACUAUAUAGUAUAUGUUGUGAAAAUGCCUUGGAGACUUUGAAAACUUCAUAAUAUGCAGACUCAGCACUUUUUUCUGUUAUCCAAGUUUCCUAUUUAACCUUUCCACAAAGCUAAAUAAAACCACAUGUCUGGAUCCAGUCUGUAGACCACAUGUGGCUGGAGCCGAAUAGAAAAGCUCGACUUUGAUCCGAUGCUAAUUAAUCUACAUUUUUAAUUUAACAAUGACUUUUUAUCAGGACUUUUAAACAAGAUGUCACUGUAAGACACAAAAACAGUUGAAACACACCAUUUUAAAAGAAAAAUAUUUAUUACAUAAUGUAUUUACAUAACAGAAGACACCAAUUAAGAACUGUUGCCAGAGUUUGAAAAGUAACAGAGCAGCAGUUUACUCAAUUAAGAUAAAGUUAUCUUAAAUGAGUUUCAACAAUCUGUAUUCUCUGUUUAAAAGCAAAUGCAUUACUGUUGAGUACUAAAUGGCAGAAAUAGUUCAAAUGUAAAUCAAAAUUAGCAAAACUAAAUCACAGUAUUUUCACAUUUCAAACAGUAGUCCUAGCACAUUUGAAAGCAUUCAGAAGGUGAUGGAAAACUAUAGCACUACAACGUCUGACUCUCUGGCGCAGAUGCUAACCACAUGCAUACUUGAUAAAUGUCAAAUAAAGUCCUGUGAUUGUAACUGCAUUGGUGCAGUGGUCAGAUUAGAAAGACAACAUUUUACUGUGUUUAUGCAUGUUUCAUUGCUUCUUUUUAGACAACAAGGAUUCAAAUGAGAACAGCUUUACAGCGCUUUAAGCUUUAUUUUCUUCACAGACUACUGUGAACCUCAAUGUCUGAGUUACAUUUCCACCGCCUGUUCAACCGUUCAGACCACAAGGCCAGGGCGGUGCUACCAAUACAUACUGUAGUAAAGCUAGUAGAAACAGCUGGUGCCUGGUGUAGACCUCACGUGAUAUUGUCACGCCCUGGCCAUAGAGAGGUUUUUAUUCUCUAUUUUGGUUAGGCCAGGGUGUGACUAGGGUGGGCAUUCUAGUUUCUUUAUUUCUAUGUUUUCUAUUUCUUUGUGUUUGGCCGGGUGUGGUUCUCAAUCAGAGGCAGCUGUCUAUCGUUGUCUCUGAAUGAGAACCAUACUAAGGUAGCCCUUUUUUCCACCUGUCUUUGUGGGAAGUUUACUUUGUUUAGGGCACAUAGCCUUUAGCUUCACGGUUUGUUUUUGUAGUGUUUAUUGUUUUGUUCGUCAUUUUUAUUAAUAAAGGAAAAUGUACGCUCACCACGCUGCAUCUUGGUCCUCUUCAUUUAACGGCCGUGACCGAACUUCCCACCACCAACAACGGACCAAGCAGCGUGGUAAGGAGGAGCAACGUGUCCAGGAUUCCUGGACUUGGGAGGAGAUCCUGGAUGGUAAGGGACCCUGGAGGCAGGCUGGGGAGUAUCGCCGUCCACGGGAGGAACUAGAGGCAGCAAGAGCAGAGCGGCAGUGUUUUUUGGGGUGGGCAUACGGGGAGUGCGGCUGAGUUAGGUUGGAGACCUGAGCCAACUCCCCGUGCUUACCGUGGCGAGCAUAGUACUGGUCAGGCACUGUGUUAUGCGGUGGAGCCCACGGUGUCUCCAGUGCGCGUGGACAGCCGGUGCGCUACCUUCCAGCUCCCCAAAUCAGCCGGGCUAGAGUGGGCAUCCAGCCAGGUCGGAGGAUGCCGGCUCAGCGCAUCUGGCCGCCAGUACGUCUCUACGGCCCGGGAUAUCCUGCGCCGGCUCUGCGCACUGUGUCUCCGAUGCGUCUGCACAGCCCAGUGUGUCCUGUGCCUGCGCCCCGCAUCUGCAGGGCGAAAGUAACCAUCCAGGAAGAACGGGUUGUGCACGCUCCUAGCUCGAGACCUCCAGUGCGCCUCCACGGCCCAGUGUAUCCUUUGCCUCUGCCUAGCCUGGUGAGCCCUGUGGCAGCUCAACGUACCAGACUGCCCAUACGUCUCCUCCCUCCAGUGAUGAUCCAUGGCACGAAGCCUCCAGUGAAGAUCCAUGGCAAGAAGCCUCUAGUGAUGAUCAAUGGCAAGAAGCCUCCAGUGAUGAUCCAUGGCAAGAAGCCUCCAGUGAUGAUCCAUGGCAAGAAGCCUCCAGUGAUGAUCCAUGGCACGAAGCCUCCAGUGAGGAGUCAUGGAACAAAGGCCUCCAGUCCGGAGCCUCCAGCAACGUUCUCCAGUCCGGAGUCUCCAGUGACGGCCUCCAGUCGGGGGCCCCCAGCGAGGGUGCCCAGUCCGGGGCCCGCAACGAGGGUGCCCAGUCCGGGGCCCGCAACGAGGGUUCCCAGUCCGGGGCCCGCAACGAGGGUGCCCAGUCCGGGGCCCGCAACGAGUGUGCCCAGUCCGGGGCACACAACGAGGGUGCCCAGUCCGGGGCCCGCAACGAGGGUGCCCAGUCCGGGGCCCGCUACGAGGGUCCCCGCACCAGAGGCGCCACCAAAGUGGGGGGAGCCAGAGGCGGAGGGGGUCUACGUCCCGCACCAGAGCCGCCGCCGUAAAGGAAGCCCAACCGGACCCUCCCCUUUAGAGUCAGGUUUUGCGGCCGGAGUCCGCACCUUUGGGGGGGGUACUGUCACGCCCUGGCCAUAGAGAGGUUUUUAUUCUCUAUUUUGGUUAGGUGACUAGGGUGGGCAUUCUAGUUUCUUUAUUUCUAUGUUUUCUAUUUCUUUGUGUUUGGCCGGGUGUGGUUCUCAAUCAGAGGCAGCUGUCUAUCGUUGUCUCUGAUUGAGAACCAUACUAAGGUAGCCCUUUUUUCCACCUGUCUUUGUGGGAAGUUUACUUUGUUUAGGGCACAUAGCCUUUAGCUUCACGGUUUGUUUUUGUAGUGUUUAUUGUUUUGUUCGGCGUCAUUUUUAUUAAUAAAGGAAAAUGUACGCUCA